CGGAAGUGGACUGAACUUGACGCACGUCUACGGAAACAGCUGAGCAAGGGCCCCAAAACACAAAACAUCAGACAGUAUUUUACUCUCAAUUAAAGCUGGAUCAAAAUGACUACACCUGAAAAAUACCCUCGGUCUUCUAUUGAAGAUGAUUUCAACUAUGGGACAAACGUUGCGACUGCGAGUGUGCAAAUCCGGAUGGGUAAGAGAAGACCCGUUGUAGUCUAUUUACUCAACUAGCCUAGCUGAUGAUGGUUGCUAACAAGCGAGCCAUUUUAUCAAUAUAUCUAGAUCAUGCCUUGCCAAAUGAAAUAAACGAUGUGAUAUUUAUUGUGGUGGUAUCUAACUAAAUGACAGAAUCAGAUAAAUCUGCUGGUCUAGAAUUUAACUAAAUUAAAUCAUGAUGUCAGUAAGUUAGCUAUCGAUCUAUUCUCUCUCCCCUUGAACAGAUUUCCUGCGCAAGGUGUACACCAUCCUGUCCCUUCAGAUCAUCCUGACCACGGCUACCUCUGCUCUCUUCAUGUUCUGUGACACCAUCAAGGACUUUGUCCAUUCAAGGUAAAUUGUGAACUAUUAGUAGGCCUACAUAAUUCAAUGGGCAUAUCUGGGAAACACUGUGGUAGAGGGGUAACAAUAUUGUUAUGACAGAUAUUAGUACAUUCGGAUAGUUGCAUGCAUACACCACUAGUGCUGUAACCAUGGUAAUCGCCGGUUAUGGAUGAAGACCGGCAUGAAAAUAAAAUAACCGUUAAAAUAGGCAUACAUUCAUUUUUGAGGGAAAAAAAUGAAUGUACGCCAAUCCUCGACCCCCCCCCCACAGAGCCCUAUACACCAGUAUUGUGCAUGUAUUCAUAUACUGUGAGGAGACAUGCACUUUGGCUACGACUACAUAGAAUUACUACCCUACUAUAAUACUAAUCUCUCCAGCCUGGGUGUCAAGUCUGUUUCUGCCAUCUUGCCCAACUCCUUAUGGAACAUGCAGUGGAGAAUGCAAGAGACAAGAGCACAACCAGAUGUGCAGUAGUAUAAUCUGUACAACACUGUGCCUGGUUGGCUUGGUUCUGACUUUCUCAUUGGUUCUGUCCCCCCCCCCAGUCCAGCUGUAGUGUUGGUGUCAGCCAUCGGCUCCCUGGUGUUGAUCGUUGCCCUAGCCUUCUACAGACAUCAACACCCCAUUAACCUAUACCUGCUUGCCGCAUUCGUAAGUUCUGAUUUGCACAGGCUACGUCCCAAAUGGCACCCUAUUCCCUAUAUAGUGCACUACUUUUUGACUAGGGCCCAUAGGGUUCUGGUUAAAUGUAGGGCACUAUGUAGGGAAUUAGUUUAACCUAACAUUGUUUUCUUUGUCUCUUUCAGACUCUGUUGGAGUCCGUCUCUGUUGCUACCGCAGGUGAGUUCUUCCCCGCUUGAUGUCAAGUCAUCUCUUGUAAAGUUGUAUUUUAUGUUUUCGUUGAAAAUAUCCAACGCCUCUUUAUUAAUGACGUUUAAUUCAUUCUGUUUGUGUCUCAAGAAAUAAUAAAUUAGUUAAUGUACUGUGAGACACCUCUGAUCUCAUUAGUAAUAUGAUAUUAUUUAUAGCUUAUGGUUCUCCUCAGGAAAUAUAUCAGUUUCCAUAGCAACACCACAGGCUUCACAACACCACAGGCUUCACACAGUGCCUGCAUCUGACAUGGCAUCCUAUUCCCUAUAUAGUGCACUACUUAGUGACCCUAUUCCCUAUAAAGGGCACUACUUAGGGACUAUUCCCUAUAAAGGACACUACUUAGUUAUAGGGAAUAGGGUGCACUAAGUAGUGUCCUUUAUAGGGAAUAGAGUCAUUAAGUAGUGCCCUUUAUAGGGAAUAGAGUCACUAAGUAGUGUCCUUUAUAUGGAAUAGGGUGCACUAAGUAGUGUCCUUUAUAGGGAAUAGGGUCACUAAGUAGUGUCCUUUAUAGGGAAUAGAGUCACUAAGUAGUGUCCUUUAUAGGGAAUAGGGUGCACUAAGUAGUGUCCUUUAUAGGGAAUAGGGUCACUAAGUAGUGCCCUUUAUAGGGAAUAGGGUCACUAAGUAGUGUCCUUUAUAGGGAAUAGGGUGCACUAAGCAGUGUCCUUUAUAGGGAAUAGGGUGCACUAAGUAGUGCCCUUUAUAGGGAAUAGUCACUAAGUAGUGUCCUUUAUAGGGAAUAGGGUCACUAAGUAGUGUCCUUUUAUAGGGAAUAGGGUCACUAAGUAGUGUUCUUUAUAGGGAAUAGGGUGCACUAAGUAGUGUCCUUUAUAGGGAAUAGGGUCACUAAGUAGUGUCCUUUAUAGGGAAUAGGGUACACUAAGUACUGGCCUUUAUAGGGAAUAGGGUCACUAAGUAGUGGCCUUUAUAGGGAAUAGGGUCACUAAGUAGUGUCCUUUAUAGGGAAUAGGGUCACUAAGUAGUGUUCUUUAUAGGGAAUAGGGUCACUAAGUAGUGUCCUUUAUAGGGAAUAGGGUCACUAAGUAGUGUCCUUUAUAGGGAAUAGGGUGCACUAAGUAGUGUCCUUUAUAGGGAAUAGGGUCACUAAGUAGUGUCCUUUAUAGGGAAUAGGGUCACUAAGUAGUGUCCUUUAUAGGGAAUAGGGUCACUAAGUAGUGUUCUUUAUAGGGAAUAGGGUCACUAAGUAGUGUCCUUUAUAGGGAAUAUGGUCACUAAGUAGUGUCCUUUUAUAGGGAAUAUGGUCACUAAGCAGUGUCCUUUAUAGGGAAUAGGGUCACUAAGUAGUGUCCUUUAUAGGGAAUAGGGUGCACUAAGUAGUGUCCUUUAUAGGGAAUAGGGUCACUAAGUAGUGUCCUUUAUAGGGAAUAGGGUCACUAUGUAGUGUCCUUUUAUAGGGAAUAGGGUCACUAAGUAGUGUCCUUUAUAGGGAAUGGGUGCACUAAGCAGUGUCCUUUAUAGGGAAUAGGGUCACUAAGUAUUGCCCUUUAUAUGGAAUAGGGUCACUAAGUAUUGCCCUUUAUAUGGAAUAGGGUCACUAAGUAGUGUCCUUUAUAGGGAAUAGGGUCACUAAGUAGUGUCCUUUAUAGGGAAUAGGGUCACUAAGUAGUGUUCUUUAUAGGGAAUAUGGUUCACUAAGUAGUGUUCUUUAUAGGGAAUAGGGUGCACUAAGUAGUGUCCUUUAUAGGGAAUAGGGUCACUAAGUAGUGUCCUUUAUAGGUAAUAGGGUCACUAAGUAGUGUCCUUUAUAGGGAAUAGGGUCACUAAGUAGUGUCCUUUAUAGUGAAUAGAAUCACUAAGUAGUGUCCUUUAUAGGGAAUAGGGUCACUAAGUAGUGUCCUUUAUAGGGAAUAUGGUGCACUAAGUAGUGUCCUUUAUAGGGAAUAGGGUCACUAUGUAGUGUCCUUUAUAGGGAAUAGGGUGCACUAAGCAGUGUCCUUUAUAGGGAAUAGGGUCACUAAGUAUUGCCCUUUAUAGGGAAUAGUCACUAAGUAGUGUCCUUUAUAGGGAAUAGUCACUAAGUAGUGUCCUUUAUAGGGAAUAGGGUCACUAAGUAGUGUCCUUUAUAGGGAAUAGGGUCACUAAGUAGUAUCCUUUAUAGGGAAUAGGGUCACUAAGUAGUGUCCUUUAUAGGGAAUAGAGUCACUAAGUAGUGUCCUUUAUAGGGAAUAGGGUCACUAAGUAGUGUCCUUUAUAGGGAAUAUGGUCACUAAGCAGUGUCCUUUAUAGGGAAUAGUCACUAAGUAGUGUCCUUUAUAGGGAAUAUGGUCACUAAGCAGUGUCCUUUAUAGAGAAUAGGGUCACUAAGUAGUAUCCUUUAUAGGGAAUAGGGUGCACUAAGCAGUGUCCUUUAUAGGGAAUAGGGUGCACUAAGUAGUGUCCUUUAUAGGGAAUAGGGUCACUAAGUAGUGUCCUUUAUAGGGAAUAGGGUCACUAAGUAGUGUCCUUUAUAGGAAAUAGUCACUAAGUAGUGUCCUUUAUAGGGAAUAGGGUCACUAAGUAGUGUCCUUUAUAGGGAAUAGAGUCACUAAGUAGUGUCCUUUAUAGGGAAUAGGGUUCACUAAGUAGUGUCCUUUAUAGGGAAUAGGGUCACUAAGUAGUGCCCUUUAUAGGGAAUAGGGUCACUAAGUAGUGUCCUUUAUAGGGAAUAGGGUGCACUAAGCAGUGUCCUUUAUAGGGAAUAGGGUGCACUAAGUAGUGCCCUUUAUAGGGAAUAGUCACUAAGUAGUGUCCUUUAUAGGGAAUAGGGUCACUAAGUAGUGUCCUUUUAUAGGGAAUAGGGUCACUAAGUAGUGUUCUUUAUAGGGAAUAGGGUGCACUAAGUAGUGUCCUUUAUAGGGAAUAGGGUCACUAAGUAGUGUCCUUUAUAGGGAAUAGGGUACACUAAGUACUGGCCUUUAUAGGGAAUAGGGUCACUAAGUAGUGGCCUUUAUAGGGAAUAGGGUCACUAAGUAGUGUCCUUUAUAGGGAAUAGGGUCACUAAGUAGUGUUCUUUAUAGGGAAUAGGGUCACUAAGUAGUGUCCUUUAUAGGGAAUAGGGUCACUAAGUAGUGUCCUUUAUAGGGAAUAGGGUGCACUAAGUAGUGUCCUUUAUAGGGAAUAGGGUCACUAAGUAGUGUCCUUUAUAGGGAAUAGGGUCACUAAGUAGUGUCCUUUAUAGGGAAUAGGGUCACUAAGUAGUGUUCUUUAUAGGGAAUAGGGUCACUAAGUAGUGUCCUUUAUAGGGAAUAUGGUCACUAAGUAGUGUCCUUUUAUAGGGAAUAUGGUCACUAAGCAGUGUCCUUUAUAGGGAAUAGGGUCACUAAGUAGUGUCCUUUAUAGGGAAUAGGGUGCACUAAGUAGUGUCCUUUAUAGGGAAUAGGGUCACUAAGUAGUGUCCUUUAUAGGGAAUAGGGUCACUAUGUAGUGUCCUUUUAUAGGGAAUAGGGUCACUAAGUAGUGUCCUUUAUAGGGAAUGGGUGCACUAAGCAGUGUCCUUUAUAGGGAAUAGGGUCACUAAGUAUUGCCCUUUAUAUGGAAUAGGGUCACUAAGUAUUGCCCUUUAUAUGGAAUAGGGUCACUAAGUAGUGUCCUUUAUAGGGAAUAGGGUCACUAAGUAGUGUCCUUUAUAGGGAAUAGGGUCACUAAGUAGUGUUCUUUAUAGGGAAUAUGGUUCACUAAGUAGUGUUCUUUAUAGGGAAUAGGGUGCACUAAGUAGUGUCCUUUAUAGGGAAUAGGGUCACUAAGUAGUGUCCUUUAUAGGUAAUAGGGUCACUAAGUAGUGUCCUUUAUAGGGAAUAGGGUCACUAAGUAGUGUCCUUUAUAGUGAAUAGAAUCACUAAGUAGUGUCCUUUAUAGGGAAUAGGGUCACUAAGUAGUGUCCUUUAUAGGGAAUAUGGUGCACUAAGUAGUGUCCUUUAUAGGGAAUAGGGUCACUAUGUAGUGUCCUUUAUAGGGAAUAGGGUGCACUAAGCAGUGUCCUUUAUAGGGAAUAGGGUCACUAAGUAUUGCCCUUUAUAGGGAAUAGUCACUAAGUAGUGUCCUUUAUAGGGAAUAGUCACUAAGUAGUGUCCUUUAUAGGGAAUAGGGUCACUAAGUAGUGUCCUUUAUAGGGAAUAGGGUCACUAAGUAGUAUCCUUUAUAGGGAAUAGGGUCACUAAGUAGUGUCCUUUAUAGGGAAUAGAGUCACUAAGUAGUGUCCUUUAUAGGGAAUAUGGUCACUAAGCAGUGUCCUUUAUAGGGAAUAGUCACUAAGUAGUGUCCUUUAUAGGGAAUAUGGUCACUAAGCAGUGUCCUUUAUAGAGAAUAGGGUGCACUAAGUAGUGUCCUUUAUAGGGAAUAGGGUCACUAAGUAGUGUCCUUUAUAGGGAAUAGGGUCACUAAGUAGUGUCCUUUAUAGGAAAUAGUCACUAAGUAGUGUCCUUUAUAGGGAAUAGGGUGCACUAAGUAGUGUCCUUUAUAGGGAAUAGGGUGCACUAAGUAGUGUCCUUUAUAGGGAAUAGGGUCACUAAGUAGUGCCCUUUAUAGGAAAUAGUCACUAAGUAGUGUCCUUUAUAGGGAAUAGGAUGCACUAAGUAGUGUCCUUUAUAGGGAAUAGGGUCACUAAGUAUUGCCCUUUAUAGGGAAUAGGGUCACUAAGUAGUGUCCUUUAUAGGGAAUAGGGUCACUAAGUAGUGUCCUUUAUAGGGAAUAGGGUCACUAAGUAGUGUCCUUUAUAGGGAAUAGGGUCACUAAGUAGUGUCCUUUAUAGGGAAUAGGGUCACUAAGUAGUGUCCUUUAUAGGGAAUAUGGUCACUAAGUAGUGUCCUUUAUAGGGAAUAGGGUCACUAAGUAGUGUCCUUUAUAGGGAAUAGGGUGCACUAAGUAGUGUCCUUUAUAGGGAAUAGGGUCACUAAGUAGUGUCCUUUAUAGGGAAUAGGGUCACUAAGUAGUGUCCUUUAUAGGGAAUAUGGUCACUAAGGAGUGUCCUUUAUAGAGAAUAGGGUCACUAAGUAGUAUCCUUUAUAGGGAAUAGGGUGCACUAAGCAGUGUCCUUUAUAGGGAAUAGGGUGCACUAAGUAGUGUCCUUUAUAGGGAAUAGGGUGCACUAAGUAGUGUCCUUUAUAGGGAAUAGGGUCACUAAGUAGUGCCCUUUAUAGGGAAUAGUCACUAAGUAGUGUCCUUUAUAGAGAAUAGGGUGCACUAAGUAGUGUCCUUUAUAGGGAAUAGGGUCACUAAGUAGUGUUCUUUAUAGGGAAUAGGGUCACUAAGUAGUGUCCUUUAUAGAGAAUAGGGUGCACUAAGCAGUGUCCUUUAUAGGGAAUAGGGUGCACUAAGCAGUGUCCUUUAUAGGGAAUAGGGUCACUAAGUAUUGCCCUUUAUAGGGAAUAGUCACUAAGUAGUGUCCUUUAUAGGGAAUAUGGUCACUAGGCAGUGUCCUUUAUAGGGAAUAGGGUCACUAAGUAGUGUCCUUUAUAGGGAAUAGGGUGCACUAAGUAGUGUCCUUUAUAGGGAAUAGGGUCACUAAGUAGUGUCCUUUAUAGGGAAUAGGGUCACUAAGUAGUGUCCUUUAUAGGGAAUAGGGUCACUAAGUAGUGUCCUUUAUAGGGAAUAGGGUCACUAAGUAGUGUCCUUUAUAGGGAAUAGGGUCACUAAGUAGUGUUCUUUAUAGGGAAUAUGGUUCACUAAGUAGUGUUCUUUAUAGGGAAUAGGGUGCACUAAGUAGUGUCCUUUAUAGGGAAUAGGGGCACUAAGUAGUGUCCUUUAUAGGGAAUAGGGUCACUAAGUAGUGUCCUUUAUAGGGAAUAGGGUCACUAAGUAGUGUCCUUUAUAGGGAAUAGGGUCACUAAGUAGUGUCCUUUUAUAGGGAAUAGGGUCACUAAGUAGUGCCCUUAACAGGAAAUAGGGUGCCAUUCCAGACGCAGGCCAUGUUGUUUGUUCCCUCCUAUACAUUGUGAAUCAACCAUGUGUUUGUGUUCGUCCCUGUAGUGACCUUCUAUGAGUACUCCAUCGUGCUCCAGGCCUUCUUCCUCACAGCAGCGGUGUUCCUUGGGCUGACUGCCUACACCUUCCAGUCUAAGAGAGACUUCAGUAAACUGGGAGCUGGGUAAGAGGCCUUAAACUCCUGAGACCUGGCUGCGUCCGGAAUGGCACCCUCUUUUUCAACAGUAGUGCACUAUGUAGGGAAUAGGGUCCCAUUUCGGAUGCAGACCUACCUGUUAGCUGCUACACUGCUACAUAUAUAUUACCUGUUAGCUGCUACACUGCUACAUAUAUAUUACCUGUUAGCUGCUACACUGCUACACUGCUACAUAUAUAUUACCUGUUAGCUUCUCACUGCUACACUGCUAGAUAUAUAUUACCUGUUAGCUGCUCACUGCUACAGAUAUAUUACCUGUUAGCUGCUACACUGCUACAUAUAUAUUACCUGUUAGCUACUCACUGCUACACUGCUACAUAUAUAUUACCUGUUAGCUGCUCACUGCUACACUGCUACAUAUAUAUUACCUGUUAGCUGCUACACUGCUACAUAUAUAUUACCUGUUAGCUGCUACACUGCUACAUAUAUAUUACCUGUUAGCUGCUACACUGCUACAUAUAUAAUACCUGUUAGCUGCUCACUGCUACACUGCUACAUAUAUAUUACCUGUUAGCUGCUCACUGCUACACUGCUACAUAUAUAUUACCUGUUAGCUGCUACACUGCUACAUAUAUAUUACCUGUUAGCUGCUCACUGCUACACUGCUACAUAUAUAUUACCUGUUAGCUGCUCACUGCUACACUGCUACAUAUAUAUUACCUGUUAGCUACUCACUGCUACACUGCUACAGAUAUAUUACCUGUUAGCUACUCACUGCUACACUGCUACAGAUAUAUUACCUGUUAGCUACUCACUGCUACACUGCUACAUAUAUAUUACCUGUUAGCUGCUCACUGCUACACUGCUACAGAUAUAUUACCUGUUAGCUGCUCACUGCUACAGAUAUAUUACCUGUUAGCUACUCACUGCUACACUGCUACAGAUAUAUUACCUGUUAUUAUAGCUGCUCACUGCUACACUGAUACAGAUAUAUUAUCUGUUAGCUGCUCACUGCUACAUAUAUAUUACCUGUUAGCUACUCACUGCUACACUGCUACAUAUAUGUUACCUGUUAUUAUAGCUGCUCACUGCUACAGAUAUAUUACCUGUUAGCUGCUCACUGCUACAGAUAUAUUACCUGUUAGCUGCUCACUGCUACAGAUAUAUUACCUGUUAGCUACUCACUGCUACACUGCUACAGAUAUAUUACCUGUUAGCUACUCACUGCUACACUGCUACAUAUAUAUUACCUGUUAGCUGCUCACUGCUACACUGCUACAGAUAUAUUACCUGUUAGCUACUCACUGCUACACUGCUACAUAUAUAUUACCUGUUAGCUGCUCACUGCUACACUGCUACAGAUAUAUUACCUGUUAGCUGCUCACUGCUACAGAUAUAUUACCUGUUAGCUACUCACUGCUACACUGCUACAGAUAUAUUACCUGUUAUUAUAGCUGCUCACUGCUACACUGAUACAGAUAUAUUAUCUGUUAGCUGCUCACUGCUACAUAUAUAUUACCUGUUAGCUACUCACUGCUACACUGCUACAUAUAUGUUACCUGUUAUUAUAGCUGCUCACUGCUACAGAUAUAUUACCUGUUAGCUGCUCACUGCUACAGAUAUAUUACCUGUUAGCUGCUCACUGCUACAUAUAUAUUAACUGUUAGCUACUCACUGCUACACUGCUACAGAUAUAUUACCUGUUAUUAUAGCUGCUCACUGCUACACUGCUACAGAUAUAUUACCUGUUAUUAUAGCUGCUUACUGCUACACUGCUACAGAUAUAUUACCUGUUAGCUACUCACUGCUACACUGCUACAUAUAUAUUACCUGUUAGCUACUCACUGCUACACUGCUACAGAUAUAGUACCUGUUAUUAUAGCUGCUCACUGCUACAGAUAUAUUACCUGUUAGCUGCUCACUGCUACAGAUAUAUUACCUGUUAGCUGCUCACUGCUACAUAUAUAUUACCUGUUAGCUACUCACUGCUACACUGCUACAUAUAUAUUACCUGUUAGCUACUCACUGCUACAGAUAUAUUACCUAUUUAUUAUAGCUGCUCACUGCUACAGAUAUAUUACCUGUUAUUAUAGCUGCUCACUGCUACAGAUAUAUUACCUGUUAUUAUAGCUGCUCACUGCUACAGAUAUAUUACCUGUUAGCUACUCACUGCUACAGAUAUAUUACCUGUUAUUAUAGCUGCUCACUGCUACACUGCUACAGAUAUAUUACCUGUUAGCUACUCACUGCUACACUGCUACAUAUAUAUUACCUGUUAGCUACUCACUGCUACACUGAUACAGAUAUAUUACCUGUUAUUAUAGCUGCUCACUGCUACACUGCUACAUAUAUAUUACCUGUUAUUAUAGCUGCUCACUGCUACACUGCUACAGAUAUAUUACCUGUUAGCUACUCACUGCUACACUGCUACAGAUAUAUUACCUGUUAGCUGCUCACUGCUACACUGCUACAUAUAUAUUACCUGUUAUUAUAGCUGCUCACUGCUACACUGCUACAGAUAUAUUACCUGUUAGCUACUCACUGCUACACUGCUACAGAUAUAUUACCUGUUAUUAUAGCUGCUCACUGCUACACUGCUACAGAUAUAUUACCUGUUAGCUACUCACUGCUACACUGCUACAUAUAUUACCUGUUAGCUACUCACUGCUACACUGCUACAGAUAUAUUACCUGUUAUUAUAGCUGCUCACUGCUACAGAUAUAUUACCUGUUAUUAUAGCUGCUCACUGCUACAGAUAUAUUACCUGUUAUUAUAGCUGCUCACUGCUACACUGCUACAGAUAUAUUACCUGUUAGAUUCUCACUGCUACACUGCUACAGAUAUAUUACCUGUUAUUAUAGCUGCUCACUGCUACACUGCUACAGAUAUAUUACCUGUUAGCUACUCACUGCUACACUGCUACAUAUAUAUUACCUGUUAGCUACUCACUGCUACACUGCUACAGAUAUAUUACCUGUUAUUAUAGCUGCUCACUGCUACAGAUAUAUUACCUGUUAUUAUAGCUGCUCACUGCUACAGAUAUAUUACCUGUUAGCUACUCACUGCUACACUGCUACAGAUAUAUUACCUGUUAUUAUAGCUGCUCACUGCUACACUGCUACAGAUAUAUUACCUGUUAUUAUAGCUGCUCACUGCUACACUGCUACAGAUGUAUUACCUGUUAUUAUAGCUGCUCACUGCUACACUGCUACAGAUAUAUUACCUGUUAUUAUAGCUGCUCACUGCUACAGAUAUAUUACCUGUUAGCUACUCACUGCUACAGAUAUUACCUGUUAUUAUAGCUACUCACUGCUACACUGCUACAGAUAUAUUACCUGUUAGCUACUCACUGCUACAGAUAUUACCUGUUAUUAUAGCUACUCACUGCUACACUGCUACAGAUAUAUUACCUGUUAUUAUAGCUGUUCACUGCUACACUGCUACAUAUAUAUUACCUGUUAUUAUAGCUGCUCACUGCUACACUGCUACAGAUAUAUUACCUGUUAUUAUAGCUGCUCACUGCUACAGAUAUAUUACCUGUUAGCUACUCACUGCUACAGAUAUUACCUGUUAUUAUAGCUACUCACUGCUACACUGCUACAGAUAUAUUACCUGUUAGCUACUCACUGCUACAGAUAUUACCUGUUAUUAUAGCUACUCACUGCUACACUGCUACAGAUAUAUUACCUGUUAUUAUAGCUGUUCACUGCUACACUGCUACAGAUAUAUUACCUGUUAUUAUAGCUGCUCACUGCUACACUGCUACAUAUAUAUUACCUGUUAGCUACUCACUGCUACAGAUAUAUUACCUGUUAGCUACUCACUGCUACAGAUAUUACCUGUUAUUAUAGCUACUCACUGCUACACUGCUACAGAUAUAUUACCUGUUAGCUACUCACUGCUACAGAUAUUACCUGUUAUUAUAGCUACUCACUGCUACACUGCUACAGAUAUAUUACCUGUUAUUAUAGCUGCUCACUGCUACACUGCUACAGAUAUAUGACCUGUUUAUUUAGAGGUGAUUUGUAAACACCCAGAGCUAGCCUGGUCCCAGAUGUGUUAGUGCUGUCUCAUGUUAUGACCAUAGGAGCCACUAAGACCCCUUCUUAUUUUAGUCCUUUAUUUUGUAUUUUACCGCCCUUUUUCUCCCCAAUUUCCGAUCUUGUCUCACCGCUGCAACUCCCCAACGGGCUCUGGAGAGGCGAAGGUUCUCAUGAGCCAGAGCCCGUUGGGGAGUUGCAGCGGUGAGACAAGAUCGGAAAUUGGGGAGAAAAAGGGCGGUAAAAUGCAAAACAUGACCCGCCUAACCGCGGUCCUUAACACCCGCCAGCUUAACCCGGAAGCCAGCCACACCAAUGUGUCAGAGGAAAUACCGUUCAACUGGCGACCGAGGUCCGCCUGCAGCCACCCGGCCCGCCACAAGGAGUCGCUAGAGCGUGACGAGCCAAGUAAAGCCCCCCCGGCCAAACCCUCCCCUAACCCGGACUACGCUAGGCCAAUUGUGCCCCGUCCUAUGGGACUCACGGCCGGUUGUGGCACAGCCCGGGAAUGAACCCGGGUCUGUAGUGACGCCUCUAGCACUGUGAUGCAGUGCCUUAGACCGCUGAGCCACUCGGGAGGCCCCUUCUUGAUAAAGCUUCACACACAACUGUAUCGACAACAGGAUCCACAACUGUAUUGUUGUCAACUGCAGACAAGGUGUAAUAGGUAUCCAAUGGUUGAACACUAGGAACAGAAUCUGAACCUUCAUUUUGUUCCAGACUGUUCUCUGGCCUGUGGAUCCUGAUCAUCGCUGGUUUCAUGAAGGUGAGUUUAGUCCUUUUCACUGUUUCUGUUUACUGUUCAAAUCUGGUUUCCUUCAGGUAGUGGUUACUACUACAGUAGAGGUGGUUUCCUUCAGGUAGUGGUUACUACAGUAGAGGUGGUUUCCUUCAGGUAGUGGUUACUACAGUAGAGGUGGUUUCCUUCAGGUAGUGGUUACUACUACAGUAGAGGUGGUUUCCUUCAGGUAGUGGUUACUACUACAGUAGAGGUGGUUUCCUUCAGGUAGUGGUUACUACAGUAGAGGUGGUUUCCUUCAGGUAGUGGUUACUACUACAGUAGAGGUGGUUUCCUUCAGGUAGUGGUUACUACAGUAGAGGUGGUUUCCUUCAGGUAGUGGUUACUACAGUAGAGGUGGUUUCCUUCAGGUAGUGGUUACUACAGUAGAGGUGGUUUCCUUCAGGUAGUGGUUACUACUACAGUAGAGGUGGUUUCCUUCAGGUAGUGGUUACUACUACAGUAGAGGUGGUUUCCUUCAGGUAGUGGUUACUACUACAGUAGAGGUGAUUUCCUUCAGGUAGUGGUUACUACUACAGUAGAGGUGGUUUCCUUCAGGUAGUGGUUACUACAGUAGAGGUGGUUUCCUUCAGGUAGUGGUUACUACAGUAGAGGUGGUUUCCUUCAGGUAGUGGUUACUACAGUAGAGGUGGUUUCCUUCAGGUAGUGGUUACUACUACAGUAGAGGUGGUUUCCUUCAGGUAGUGGUUACUACUACAGUAGAGGUGGUUUCCUUCAGGUAGUGGUUACUACAGUAGAGGUGGUUUCCUUCAGGUAGUGGUUACUACAGUAGAGGUGGUUUCCUUCAGGUAGUGGUUACUACAGUAGAGGUGGUUUCCUUCAGGUAGUGGUUACUACUACAGUAGAGGUGGUUUCCUUCAGGUAGUGGUUACUACUACAGUAGAGGUGGUUUCCUUCAGGUAGUGGUUACUACAGUAGAGGUGGUUUCCUUCAGGUAGUGGUUACUACAGUAGAGGUGGUUUCCUUCAGGUAGUGGUUACUACUACAGUAGAGGUGGUUUCCUUCAGGUAGUGGUUACUACUACAGUAGAGGUGGUUUCCUUCAGGUAGUGGUUACUACUACAGUAGAGGUGGUUUCCUUCAGGUAGUGGUUACUACAGUAGAGGUGGUUUCCUUCAGGUAGUGGUUACUACUACAGUAGAGGUGGUUUCCUUCAGGUAGUGGUUACUACUACAGUAGAGGUAGAUCAUUACCACUCUUUUCAACAUCCAUUAUUUCUACAUUAUCCAUUAAGUAGUCAUUCCUCAUCGAUGCCUUGUUGUGUCAGUCAGUCAGUCAGUCAUCCAUCUAUCAUCCAUCCAUCCUUAAUCCAUCCGUCAGUCAAUCCAUCUGUCCACAGUUUAAUCUUGAGUCUCCUCUCCCCCCCCCCCCCCCCCCCCCCCCCCCCUCCCCACCUCCCCCCCCCCCCCCUAGCUCUUCUUCCAGAACGACACGGUGGAGCUGGUGUUUGCCGGUGCAGGAGCUCUGUUGUUCUGUGGUUUCAUCAUCUAUGACACCCACCUCCUGAUGCACCAGCUGUCCCCCGAGGAGCACGUCCUAGCCUCCAUUAACCUGUACCUGGACAUCGUUAACCUCUUCCUGCACAUCCUCCGCAUGCUGGACUCCAUGAAGAAGAACUGAGCUUCCGUUACAUAUUUAGUGCACUACACACUAUUCCCUGUUUAGUGCACUACACGCUAUUGGACUCUGGGUGAAAGUAGUGCACCGUGAAGGGGAAUAGUUUGUGGUUUGCGACGCACCCUAUUAGUGUUCUGUUGCUUGGCUCACAGGGCGACUUGGGAUCGAUUCAUUUCUCAAUUCAGUACAUUUUCUUGAAUUUAGAAAAUCCUCAUAGAAAAGAAAUUGCCAUUUUAUCGAUUCACGUCCUGAAUUGAAAACUGAUUUGCCUCCCAAACUCUGAUAGGCCAACCCUGCUGUAGAUCCUACCAGUGAAUGUGAAACGCAGACCCGCCAUCUAAGUUUAACCCCGGGAAUAAUAUUAUUAUUACAUUUUAGUUUUAGCAUUUCUGGAACUGGAUGUGUUUUAGACUUUAUGCUGUUCGUUCUGUUCUGUUUAUUAUCCUGAAUGUUUAAAAAAAAUCAUGUUUAAUUGUGGGUGCUCGCUCAGUGAAUGAUACCUUUCUGAAUAUUCAAGCAUACAGAUUGUGUAAGGUUGUUUUGGGUGAUGGUGUAAAAUAGCAGAACACAUUUUUGGGGGGAAAUACUUUAGUCUAACUUCCAUCCGCUAGCUUGCUGGUAUUCUUCUGAAUUUCAACACAUAAAAACAGUCCCUUGGUUAGUCUCCAUAAUAAUAGAUAAAGACACUCAUUGGCCAGUGUAUUAGGUCCAUCUGGUA